CCGGGACCGCCAUUGAUUAAACCUGUCAGAGAAUCAGCUGAUCGGUUAUUCACAUACGUGAGAUCAGCUGUGCGCAAUCAUGGACGAGUUGAGCGAAGAAGAUUUUGUAAUACCUCCUGUAAAAUAUGAAUAUUUGGAUCAUACAGCAGAUGUACAAUUACAUGCAUGGGGUGAUACUAUAGAAGAAGCUUUCGAACAAUGUGCGGUGGCCAUGUUUGGAUACAUGACGGAUUUAGAGCGCGUUGAAAUGACACAAUUACACUACGUGGAAGCAGAAGGACAUGACAUGGAAAGUCUUCUUUUCCAUUUCCUCGAUGAAUUAUUAUUCAUGUUUAGUGCCGAACCAUAUAUCGUUGCAAAGAAAGUGAAGAUCACUAAAUUCGACCGCGCAAAUUUCAAGAUCAAUGCGAUGGCGUUAGGGGAAGAAUUCACGAUUGGUAAACAUACUCAAAAUGCCGAAGUAAAAGCGAUCACGUACUCUGCCAUGCAGAUUCUCGAAUCUUCAGAAAUAGAAUGUCCAGAAAUUUUCGUAAUCGUAGACAUAUAGUUGUUUCAGAAUCUACUCGAUGUCUUUUUUGAUUUCUUGAUACACUUUUGAAAUUUAGCUUAGCUUAAUACUUAAGACACAAAAGUAGGAAGAAACUUAUGAAUAUAGGAACAAGAAGGGAGAUCUAUACCCUCCCUUACAUCCUACAUAGGGUACGAUCCUUUUGUAGUUGCGUAGGGUUCAAAUAAAUACGUUACGAAGAAAACACCGGGCUCCCUUCUUGCCGACCUAUCUCAGGUACGUAGCUACGUAUUAAAGAAUCCUGCAACUUAUUGAUAAUUACUCAAGAAUAUCAUAAUAGCAUCGACGUAUAAUAAUAACGUAACUAAUAACAUA